AUGUCUAAAUUGACCGAAGAAGAAACCAUCCCCCACAAAACCGACGUCGGCGCCCUCGCCAACAGAAUCAACCUCGAAACAAGGUCCCUCCACAACAAAAUCGACAAGCUCGUCACCUUGAAGUUCGCCUUGGCUUUAAGAGACUACAAGAUAUACAGACAAGGCUUGCAGAGUUUCUACCACGUGUUUGCCACCGUGGAAAGACAGCUUUACGCCCAGUUGGAGCAGAAGGACGAGUGGAGCGAGUUGUUGGAGAAGGUGUGGAAGCCAGUGAUUGCCAGAAGUGAGCCUGCUCAGCAGGACUUGUUGUUUUACUAUAACGACAGGAAGGAGAAGUUCAUGAACCCGAUCAUGCCAGCACAGAUUGAGUUUGUGGAGCACAUCAAGGAGGUGACGCUGGAGAAGCCGUACCUUUUGUUUGCGUACUUGCACGUUAUGUACUUGGCGCUUUUCGCUGGAGGCCGUGUGAUGAGACUGUCUAUUUCCAGGGCCACGGGGCUUUUCCCACAGAAGGACGGGUUAAAGCAUGACGAUAUCGUCAGGCUCGGCACGAAUUUCUUCCAGUUUGACGUGGACGACGAGAACGCGUUCAGGCUUCUUUACAAGAGAGACUACGAGUUGGCCACGAGAAACGCCUUGACUGAGGAGCAGAAGCUUGACAUUAUCGAGGAGUCCAAGUACAUUUUCCAGCAGAACGCCAAGUGCGUGAUUGAGUUGGAGCACCACAACUUGACCCGCAUCAAGAAGAAGUGGUCGUACUUCUUUGCUACCAGAGGCUACUACUUUGUCAUUGCCCUCUUUGCCAUUGCCGCCUUGUUGGUGCUCAGCAAGCUCGCCCAUACCAUCUUUUGA